CACAUUUCCCACAUCAUUCGGUAUGGAGUUAAAGUUUGACCAUCGACGAACGAUGCGGGGUACUCGCAAAUGCCCCCGAUGCAGAACAAUAAAUGCGACCCGUUCCUUAAAGUGCAAAAAUCCAGUUUGCCAAGAAAUACUGCGCACUGGAACAAAGAAUAAAAUUCCACAUACCCUGAAAUGCGAUUCGUCAAAUGGAUUGAUUGCAGUGACACUUCUGCAAACGGGGGUUACGAAUGGUCAACUGUACAGUGUUCGCGAUGGCCAUAGUGACGGUUUGCGGUACAUCGCCCAGACGAAUAUCUGCGAAGAUGGAACACUUGAAGGCAUUACGAUCAUCCAAGGCAACGAUAUUUGUGGUAAGGGGAAUGUGACACAAAUGAUUACGUCCUGUAAAUCCAUGAAUACGGCAGAAGCACUACCAUUGACGAAGGAAACGAUCAGUUCGCUCGCCAUUUCGGAAGAGGAAAAGCUUUUCUUGUGGGAAAAAUGUAGCCAUCCGGGAGGCCCUUUAGUGCAACGCGUAUCGCACGAUUUGUUCGUCGUUGGUCACUGGCCAUCAGCGUACGAGCUGUCCCAUGUGGUGGCAUUGAAAGAGAAUCAAAAAUAUUCCCAUUUCAACUGCGACAGCCAAAACUGCGAGCAACCAGAAUCGUCUCCGACCGUAUGCUGGCAUAUGCAAGCAGUAGCAGCAGGUUUGCUAAGCGACAAAUGUGAUGACCUAUGGACUGAUUUAUUGCUGCAAUUCGUUGCCCAAACGACGACUGCAGUGCUAUAUGGUGUUCCUGAUGAGAAUUCGGUAUUUUCUUCUGGAUAUCUUCUAGCGGCAAAUGAUGCGGGCUACUUAUCGGUGCCUAGCGAGCACAUUGAAAUGCAAUCGAUGCUGAAUUCGUCGUAUAUGGAACUUUUUAACAAUGGGGAAACCAGUAACACGGUCACGGAUGAAACAACACUCAAUUUGCUGCCUACCACCAGCAUUGCGGACACAUUGACCGGUGGCGAAGAAAGUCUCCAUGUGAUGGACUGUCAGAUCGAACUAAUGGAUGAAUUCGAUCCAACGGAUCGUAUCGAUUUCUGUCCAUCUUACAUAGAGUGUGAGGAUAGUCUGCCACUGCCGGAAACCGAAGAGAAUUCGCAGCCAGAAGAUUUAGUGCGAAUCACGUCCAAAAAAGCUGCCCUCAAACGAUCUGGAAGAAUGAUGCUUGCUCGUGAGAAGCUCACUCGGGGAAAUUAUAGCGUCCGCAAGCUGAUGAAUGUGCUCGAAUCGAAUGGAAUAAUCUUUAAUCGGCUGCAACGGGCGCGCAAUCCAAGUAAAGAUGCCAGUAGUGCACCCAAGCCAGCUUACGAGGCAACUCAGUGUAGCUUGUCGUUCACGUGCUGGCUAGAGUCGGUAAUCGAGCAACUGAACUCCGUCAUCGAUUACAACAUGGAUGGCAAACCGGCCGUACAAACGUUUCGCAUACAGAAAGAUUUUUUCCGCUGUUUGCGGGCACGCUUCUCCAUUGGUCAUCGUUUGCGAAAACCGGAACCGGCAGAUCGUUCGGCGGACACGGCAAACGAUCGGUCACAGAGGUAUAAAUUUACACACCGCAACAGCCUUCUGCAUGUGUUCCGAACAGACAAGAUUGCACUUUGCUUCGAUAAGAAGUUCAAACCGGUAGCGGAUAAUCGUUACGUUCCGAUGGAGGAUGAUGAAUGCGAUCUAGUUGCGGAGCAGGAAAAUCCAGACAUUCAAUCACAUUCAUACAGCACGUACAUUAAGCUGGGACGCUACAGGCACGAACCGGACCCGGAAAAGUUGUAUUACUUUUUGGUCGAAUGGAUUGACGGUGUGUUGCCGCGCAGUGGUUUUGGUGAACUUCGGAUAUCGUUUCUAUACGGGCAUCGGAUGAACAAACAGUACAUGACACCACCGUGUAGGCUGCUGCACACUGAGUAACAUGCAAAAGAAUGUGGAAG